CAUUUCAGCCAAUGGGAAUGGGACAGAGACCAAUGUUCAGUGUAGUUAAGCAGCUAAGCUAAGAGCUAACAGCCCGGUGUUGUACCUCUGUUUACUUCACCUCUAACAUCUGUAUUCUCCCACCGGGGAGUCGUGUAACAGUUCAACAUCAUGGGUGAACCGCAGCAGGUCAGUGCUCUGCCCCCUCCGCCUAUGCAGUACAUCAAAGAGUACACAGAUGAAAACAUCCGUAAAGGUCUGGCUCCCAAGCCACCUCCACCCAUCAGAGACAGCUACAUGAUGUUUGGCAACCAGUUCCAGUGUGAUGACCUCAUCAUCCGGCCUCUGGAGAGCCAGGGCAUCGAGCGGCUCCACCCUGUGCAGUUUGACCACAAACGGGAGCUGAAGAAGCUCAACAUGUCCAUCCUCGUGAACUUUCUGGACCUGCUGGACAUCCUCAUUAAGAGCCCGGGUAGCAUAAAGCGUGAAGAAAAACUGGAGGACCUAAAGCUUCUGUUUGUUCACUUGCACCACUUGAUAAAUGAGUACAGGCCACAUCAGGCAAGGGAGACGCUGAGGGUAAUGAUGGAGGUGCAGAAGAGGCAGAGGCUUGAGACAGCUGAGAGGUUCCAGAAACACUUGGAGAGAGUGGUGGAGAUGAUUCAGGGGUGCCUCACCUCACUCCCUGAUGACUUACCACAGAUGGAGGGUCCAGAUGGUGCUGGUGAUGGGACAAGAAAUGCAUCUGCAGCAGCUAGUGUUGGUAGUUCUUCUGGCCUGGCUCCCAGGCUGAAAAGUGAACCUAUGGAUGUAGAGGAAGCAGGUGCCAGCUGUAUGGCAGUGGCUCAACAGGACAAAAGCAUCCCUCCUUCAAGGAGAGAGAAAAUAUGGGACAAAGAUGCUGCUAUGUGCAGUAUUAUUGAUGAAAUUGCUUAAGUUUUGUAUUGAGUAUUUGUGUUUCUUUUGUGCAUCUUAACUGUUUUUGUGAGCUUAUUAGUGUAAGAGAAGUUUGCUGGGUCUGAAAUCCUGACUGGACUGGUGUUUUAUUUAAAAGCAAUCGCAUAUUAUUACCUCUUCCUGUGAACAUUUUCAAAGAAUUUAGAUGUCACUCAGAUCAACUGGGGAGCCAACUUUCAGUUUUUGUAAUAAAAAACAAUUAAAAUCUAUUUGCAGAAGGGUACAAUGUUUUCACAAUCACACAGUAGUAGUAAAUGUGUGUUUGUAGGGGAACUCUUGUCAAAUGUUUUAAAAUUGUAUGUGCUUUAAGUGCUGUCAAUGUAACUUGCACGCUCUCUAAUCUCGUGAGAGUGGUCACAGAGAGGUCAGCAUGUACUAUAGUUGCAAUAUAACCUGUGUUGUGUUUUCCCAGGUUCUAUGUAGACGAUUGUCAGAAAGAAAUUCAAGUCACCCCAGGCUGCCUGUUAAGCUUCUUCAAGUUUACUCUAAUAUGAAAUGUUGAAAGGAGUUAUGAAGUUUUGUAGUUGCAACACAGCUAAUAGCUGUUCAUUUACCAGUCUAGUAUGUUGCAAGUUCAGCAUCAAACUUCACUCCUCUACUCACCAGAAGCUGUGGGAAGCAUUGUUUUGCUCUGACCCUUCUCUGCAUCUACAGAAGUUGAAACCACAAUAGUGAAAACUUAACACACAGCACCUCAGACUACCGAUGAAAAGUUCUGAAACACCCCAUUUUACUGUUUUUAUUAAGACGGAAGCAGCUAAAGUCCAGUGAAUAACCUGAAUUGAUUUUAGGGCGAAACUAAGCUAAGUCUGGGUCGAGCAGGAAGUUUCUGCAGUUUUUAAAAAACAGCCAUCAAUGUAGCAA